UGUUUGCGCGUUUGAUCACUUGCACUCUUCUUCCUCGUUGCUUUUCGCCUCGUCAAUUGUUUGGUGUUGUCGCAGCCGCUUCUCGUCGUCACUUGUUGUCACUCGUUGCACCCUCGUUCGUUCGCCGGCAUUCGUCUGAGGUUAAUCACAACCACACCCAAUCAUGCUGCGCUCAAUUGCGGCGUGCGCCCUCGCUGGUGCUGCGGCUGUCAAUGCGAUUGCUACCAUCUCAGUCAAGGGCUCAAAGUUCUUCACGUCUGACGGCAACCAAUUCUAUGUCAAAGGCAUUGCGUACCAGCUCGUCCCAGAUGACCCGCUCAUCGAUGCGACACAAUGCGGCCUCGACGCUGCUCUCAUGAAGACAAUCGGCACCAACUCGAUUCGCGUCUACCAUGUUGACCCUAAAGAGGACCACACCAAGUGCAUGAGCGCCUUUGCUGAUGCGGGUAUCUACAUAUGGCUUGAUCUGGAUACCUUCAACACACAGAUUGAGCAGACUGAGCCUAAGUGGAACGAGACACAGCGCGAUGCUUUCGCCGCCGUCAUGGACGAGUUCCAGCAGUACGAUAACCUGGCUGGUUUCUUUGUGGGCAACGAAGUGCUCACCACAGGCAACGGCUCUAUCGCUGCGCCAUACGUCAAGGCCGCUGCACGUGACUUGAAGGCUCACCGCGACGCGAAGAAGUACCGCAAUAUCCCCAUUGGAUACUCCGCUGCCGACAUUGCAACCCUCCGCCCUAUGCUGCAGAACUACCUCGCUUGCGGCAGCAACGCGUCCGAGGCGAUCGAUUUCUUCUCGCUGAACGCCUACUCCUGGUGCGGCACCAGCGACUACAGGACCUCCGGCUACUACAUGCUCGAAGCCAAUUCGACCUCCUACAACAUUCCCAUCUUCCUGUCCGAGACGGGCUGCAACACCUUCCGUCCCCGCACUUUCGAGGAUCAGACGGCGAUCUUCGGUGACAUGGCGGAUACCUGGUCUGGCAGCAUCAUCUACGAGUGGAUUGAGGAAGCUAACAACUACGGCAUCGUCUCCUACGGCACCAAGGUCGAUCCAGCGAGCCCCUCCGCGCCCCCUGAUGGCUUCCCCCGCUCCGGCACACCGACACCCGUCAACCCUGACUUUGCGAACCUUAGCUAUGUUUGGAAGACGCUGAACCCGACCGGUGUUAAGGAGAGCGCGUACAAUCCGACCAACUCGGCGCCUGAGUGCCCCCCAGCGACGAGUGGCGUGUGGGAGGUGAACCCCACUUCUGCGCUGCCGAUCCUGGGACAGACAUACAAUGCGCAGGUCGCUACUGCUACAGCGAGCAGCAGUGGGACCUCAAGGCCCAGUGGCACGGCGAGCGGAAGCGCGGGGCAGGCGAGCGCGAGCAGCACUGGCGGGGCGACGGAUGGGCUGAGUCGCGAGUUGACGGGUGCUGGAGCGGCGUUGGCGGCUGUUAUGGCUGUGUUCGCGUGGUUGUAGGUUAUGAGAAACGAGGCAAAGAGUUUGCGAGCUCUUGAUGGAACAAUGGGCGGCACGUUGGUACACAUAUAC